CGGGAGCAACGCCGAGUGGACAUCUGAGGGCCGGAGAAUUGUAACGUUUCUAUUCCUUCUGUUGACGCUAGAUGUUGACUGUCCCUAUUCAGAUCAAUUCCGUGGCAUUCCAGCCUCUCCAGUAUUGAUCUCGCGUCGAUGAUGGGUGAUUGGAACAUAUCCAAGGAAGUAUAAGAACCGGAAGGCAAUCGCCAUUCUAUGAACUACUUUCAUCACCAACUUCUACAUUCACUCCUUUGUUUCCAUCAACAUCCAUCUACCUCGUGGACAGUCAUUCGCUUCUUAUUCACUCCUUCAUUCUUUUAAAAACACUCACUCAAUAUGAUUCGCUCUCUGCUUGUCGUUGGCGUCAUGGCCGCUGGUGCCAUGGCCCAAGUUGACGCCGCCCCAGCUAUCGUCGCCAGAUGCCCUCCAGGCGUUGUCGAUUGCCACGUCUGGGAGCAUCCCGCUCCCGCCGACGUUCCGAUGCCGGUGCUCCCACCUGCAACUGUGGUGGAGUGUCCUCCUGAGGUCGUUGACUGCCCUUACCGCCAACACAACUGCCCUCCCGAGGGAUGCAAGCCUCCUACCGAGCAGAAGCCCCCGGUUAUCCCUCCUGUUGUGAUCGUGCCUCCUUGCGAGGGUUGCCACCACCCCAAGAACUGGACCAACGGCCAUGGUUGCCCUCCUGGAGGAUGCGGCUUUAUCAAGGUGCCGGUUCCAUGCAACGGUGUAAACUGCAAGAUGCCUGAGAUGCCCGAGUGCCACGGAGAGAAUUGCUCCAUGCCUCGUCCUGAGUGCCACGGCGGCGACUGCAAGAUGCCUGAGAUGCCUGAGUGCCAUGGCGAGAACUGCCCCAUGCCUCCUGUCGUCAAGGUCCCUACUUGCACCGGCGAUAGUUGCGUCACACCUCCUGUUAAGGUGCCCUGCACCGGCGAGAAGUGCCCUCCUACCUCUACUCACACCGAGACCUGCCCUCCCGGAGGUUGCAGCACAGAGACCCCCGUCGUCAUCGUCAGCGCCGGAUCCAAGGCUUACUCUGGCAGUGUUGUGGCUGCCGCCGCUGCUCUAGCCUUUGCCUUCAGCCUCAUCUAAAUGUCUUGAAGAUGCUCAUAAAACGCGCCUACGUUGGAAUACGAUACUGGAUGCUUAGGACGGAUUAUGUUGUGUUCGGGAAUCUAGACUGGAGUCUUUGUCUUGGACGAGAAAACAAUAAACCUGGGAAUAAAUCUCUAAAUACCCGAUAUUUUUGUAUCCAUUGUGAAUUGCACCCGAAUUGAUGUAUCACGAG